AUGGGCUGCACUUGCGGCGCAGGAUUUGGACCGAUGCCUGAAGCUGGAGCCAGAGGGUUUGGAGCGGGACCGACUUGGCCAGGAGCUGGAACAACGGGACCUGGAGAGGGACCUACUUGGCCAGGAGCUGGAACGACGGGGCCUGGAGCGGGGCCUACUUGGCCAGGAGCUGGAACAACGGGACCUGGAGAGGGACCUACUUGGCCAGGAGCUGGAACAACGGGACCUGGAGAGGGACCUACUUGGCCAGGAGCUGGAACGACGGGGCCUGGAGCGGGACCGACUUGGCCAGGAGCUGGAACAACGGGGCCUGGAGCGGGACCGACUUGGCCAGGAGCUGGAAAAACUGGGCCUGGAGCGGGACCGACUUGUCCAGGAGCUGGAAUGACGGGACCUGGAGCGGGACCGACUUGGCCAAGAGCUGGAGAAACUGGGCCUGGAGCGGGACCGACUUGUCCAGGAGCUGGAACGACGGGACCUGGAGAGGGACCUACUUGGCCAGGAGCUGGAACGACGGGGCCUGGAGCGGGACCGACUUGGCCAGGACCUUCGAGACAGAAGGAAGACUGCCACUGA